UCACUUCGCACUUUUCCAGCUUCUCCUCUCUCUCUCUCUUUCUCCCCGGAAAAGCGAAAAUGCAGCGGCAGAAGUCUAUUCUCUCCUUUCUCCGGCCUCCGACGGGGGAUCGGAGCUCCGGCAGCGAGAAUCCGUCGGCUAAGCGGCUUCCAGCGCAGCGGCACGAGCAGAGCGCCAACGGUUCCGGUCAAUCCACGGCUGCUUCCGCAAUGGACUCGUCUUUGGAGGUUAGGGGCACUGAUACUCCCCCGGAGAAGGUUCCGCGCCCGAUUUUCCCGCAGAAAUCCGCGAACGGAGGCUCCUCUCUGUUCUCGAGCAUCAUGCACAAGUUUGUGAAGGUCGAUGACAAGGCAAAUGGAAGGAAUCAGGCACAGGCUGGUGCGUUGAAUGUCAGUUCAUUAUCCAGCGCAGUUGGAGUUUCUGCAGUUUCUCAAUUCCCUGAAAAGGACAACUUUCUUGAGUCCUGCAUGACAGUUAAUCAAGGAGGCUUCGCGGAUUCUAAACUUCUCGAUGUCAUUGGCCCAGAAACGCCAGGAACCAGACCGCUUGUCCCUCGUUUCAAGCGUAUUCAAGAGGAAAUCCCAAAGUUGAUUGCGGAGGAUGAUCAUCCAUUACCGCAUCCCAGCAAAAGAAUGAAAGUUCUUAAUGAUGAUCCAGUAGUGAACAAGAAAGACGCACAAGUAUGUGACUCGAUCAGCAAAUUUGACUGGCUUAACCUUUCUCGAAUUCGGGACGCUAACAGGAGGAGGCCUGAAGAUCCUCUUUAUGACAAGAGCACACUCUAUAUACCACCUGAGGCUUUAAACAAAAUGUCUGCAUCUCAGAAGCAAUACUGGAGCGUCAAAUGUAAAUACAUGGAUGUGGUGCUGUUCUUCAAAGUGGGGAAAUUUUAUGAGCUGUAUGAGCUAGAUGCAGAAAUUGGCCAUAAGGAGCUUGGCUGGAAAAUCACAUUAAGUGGUGUGGGAAAAUGUCGGCAGGUUGGUAUCUCUGAGAGUGGAAUUGAUGAUGCUGUGCAAAAGCUGGUCUCUCGAGGAUACAAGGUUGGUCGGAUGGAGCAGUCGGAGACAUCUGGUCAAGCGAAGGCCAGAGGUGGAAGUUCUGUGAUAUCAAGGAAAUUGGUAUCUGUAGUUACUCCGUCAACUUUAGUGGAUAAUAAUAUUGGCCCUGAUGCUAUUCACCUUCUUGUUAUAAAAGAGGGGGAACCAGGACCAGAUACUAGUUCAGUUGGUUAUGGAUUUGCUUUCGUUGAUUGUGCUGCCUUGCGAGUGUGGAUUGGUUCCAUUACCGAUGAUUCUUCCUGUGCUGCUUUGGGAGCUUUAUUAAUGCAGGUAGCACCUAAGGAAGUUAUUUAUGAGAACAGAGGUUUAUCGAAAGCAGCUCAGAAGGCAGUUCGAAAAUAUUCAGUUACGGGUACUAUGGCCGUACAAUUGACUCCAGUGCUACCAGCCACUGCUUUUCCCGAUGCCUCUGAUGUUACGGAUUCAAUUAAAUCCAAGGGCUACUUUAAGAGGUCAUCUAUUUUGUGGAACCUUGCCCUUGAUGGUGUUGCACACCAUGACCUUGCAUUAUCUGCAAUGGGUGGUCUUAUUGAUCAUCUUUCACGAUUAAUGCUAGAUGAUAUUUUGAGGAAUGGGGACGUUUCCCCUUAUCAAGUCUACAAGGGUUGCCUCCGGAUGGAUGGGCAAACGUUAGUCAAUCUUGAGAUUUUCAGUAACAAUGCUGAUGGGGGUGCUUCGGGUACAUUAUAUAAGUAUCUUGAUAACUGCUUGACAUGCUCCGGCAAGCGGCUUUUAAGGAACUGGAUAUGCCAUCCGCUGAAAGAUGUUGAAGGCAUCAAUAAUAGACUUAAUGUUGUUGAUGAUCUAGCUGCUCAACCUGAAUUUAUGUUACUUAUAGCUCAAAGUCUCCGCAAACUUCCGGACUUAGAUAGACUGCUUGGGCGGGUCAAGUCCAAUGUACAGUUAUCAGUCUCUCUGUUACUGCCUUCAAUAGGCAACAAAGUGCUAAAACAACUUGUAAAAGUGUUCGGCUCUCUUGUGAAAGGUCUCGAGAUUGCACUGGAUUUGCUAACACUGUUAAUGAAGGAUCGGAAUUUAAGCAUAUCGUUGUCGAAGAUAUUUAAACUGCCCAUUCUGGAGGGUAGCAAUGGGAUUCAUAAGUUUCUCACCCAAUUUGAUGCUGCCAUAGAUAGCGAUUUCCCAAAUUACCAGAACCAUGAUGUGACGGAUUCCGAUGCUGAUACACUCUCUGCUCUCAUUGAGUUAUUCGUUGAGAAAUCAACUGAAUGGGCUGCUAUAAUUCAUGCCACCAACUGCAUUGAUGUGCUACGUUCCUUUACAAUCACUGCAACUUCUUCAUGUGGAGCCAUGUGCAGGCCUCUAGUUUUGCCCCAGUCAAAACACAUGGGCUCAGCCCAAGGGGGCAAGGGCCCACUACUUAAAAUCUCAGGUCUAUGGCACCCCUAUGCCCUUGGGGAAAAUGGAGGGCAGCCUGUUCCUAAUGACAUACUCCUCGGUGAAGAUACUGAGGGGUUUCACCCUCACACGUUGUUAUUGACUGGACCAAAUAUGGGCGGGAAAUCAACCCUUCUGCGUGCAACAUGCUUAGCAGUUGUACUGGCCCAGCUUGGCUGUUAUGUGCCUGGUGAGAAAUGUGUUCUUUCCCCAGUUGAUAUAAUCUUCACGAGGCUUGGUGCUACGGAUAGAAUAAUGACAGGAGAGAGUACAUUCUUCGUUGAGUGCUCAGAAACAGCCACGGUUCUUCAAAAUGCCACCGAAGAUUCUCUGGUUAUUCUCGAUGAACUUGGUCGAGGAACUAGCACCUUUGAUGGAUAUGCCAUCGCCUAUGCUGUACUUCGCCACCUAGUCGAGAAGGUGAACUGCCGGCUCCUCUUUGCUACACACUACCACCCUCUAACCAAGGAGUUUGGGUCCCAUCCCCGUGUUAUCCUCCAGCACAUGGCCUGUGCCCUUCAGUCCAAAUCCUCAACCCCUUCCGGAAGACCCGAGCAAGAGCUCGUCUUCCUCUACCGGCUCGCCUCUGGACCCUGUCCCGAGAGCUACGGGCUACAAGUGGCGACCAUGGCGGGGAUCCCUGAGAAGGUGGUGGAGUCCGCCUCGAGGGCAGGCCGCGCGAUGAAGAGAUCAAUUGGGGAGAGCUUCAGGUCGAGUGAACAGAGGAUUGUGUUCUCGUCUCUCCAUGAGGAAUGGCUGAAGACUCUGCUCAUCUUGUCAAAGACAGGAGAGGGGGGCACUCGUGUUAGCGAGGAUGACGAUGCCUUGGAUACUUUGUUCUGCCUGUGGCAUGAGAUGAAGAGCUUGUGCGGGAAAUGACAAAACCAUUCCGUUUACAUAGUCCAUCCGGGUUCGGGUAAUAUUUGUAAUAUCAUAUUUACCCAUCUUUGCACAGGCGAAAGGCAAUCUUCUGCAGCCAUUUUGUGCCGGUUUUAUCUGCCUUGUCAACAACUUCACAGAUGGUACAUGUUUUGGUCCAUUAUUCUUCUUCUUGUUUGGGAA